AUGCCAUUGUAUUCCCUUGUCGUAACAAACAUACACACAGAAGAAGUUGCACAGAAACAUUUUCACUUAUCUGAGUUUUCCUAUUUCCAGAGAAAACCCAUUAGAGAAUAUAUUAUGAUGAUAUCUAAAGAAUUAUCAAAAAGACUACAGACAUAUGAUUUUCAAGUUUUUGAACAAAAAUUUAACGAAAUGACCAUUACCGUUUUUGUUAAAAUAUACAACGAAUAUGCGUAUGUUAGUUGUGGGAAGGAAUAUCCUGUAAAUAUUGCUAAUAAAUUUUUGAGUGAAUGUAGGACAUGUCACGAUAUUGAAGGGUUACUUAAAGAUUACCAAAAUCCUAAAGAACAUGAUAUCCUUGAUUCAAUACAAAAAGAUCUAAAAGAGACACGAGAAAUUUCAGUUAAAACAUUAAAUAGCCUUUUAGAAAGGAAUGAAAAGUUAGAAGAUCUUGUUAAACGAAGUUCUGAAUUAUCUGUAAGUAGUAAAAUAUUCUAUAAAGCUGCACACAAAAGAAAUAAAUGUUGUUAA